AUGAAAAAAUUAUUCAGAAGGAAAAAGAAGAAGGAUUCCACUGAUGAAGAAACAACAGUCACCGAUCAACAAGCACCAACUGAUGAAGAUGAUGUAACAGCCACCAACUAUGACUAUGAUGAGGAAUUAAUGGACGAAGAAAACGAAAGUGACAAUGAAGAGGAAGAUAUGGAACAAAAACAACUUUUAUAUCAUCAAUAUAGUGAUUAUACAUCGGAGGAUUUAAAAUCAUCACUGGAUGAAAUUAUAGAUUCGAUUGAUGCUGAAUAUAGAGUUGAGGAUUUUAGUUACAUUGAUGCCAUUGCUCGUUCUCUCAAGAAUGGAACGGAUAAAGAGGAUUUACGUAAAUUGAAGGAUAAUAAGAAGUUUUUGGAUGAUGCAGUCAAGCAAAUUGUCUGUGUUAAUUAUAAGGGCUUCAAUAAGAGUAUUCGUAAUUUUUCUGACAUGUUGGAUUUGAUGGAGAAGGGUCAAAGUCAAGUACAGAAUAUGAUUGAAAAAGUUAGAACAACGAAGGAGUUGUUGGCUUUGAGAUCUACAGAUUUGAUUUCAUUGUAUAGUAGUUAUUUGCAACAGAAAGAGAUUUUGGAUAUUUUAGAUGUUGUGCAGAAAGUAAAGAAUGCACCAAAUGAGAUUACAUCGUCCAUGAAUUCAAAACACUUUUUAUAUGCAGCUCGUACUUUGAAAACUUAUAAUGGAAUGGCAAAUAGCGAAAGAUUGAGAUCUAUCAAGGCUCUUCAUGAUAUUCGUGACCAAUUUAUGGAAUUUUAUGACAAAAUGCCAGAUAUUAUCACUGAUGAAUUGAAGGCUCAGCUUCACAUUCAUGCCUAUCAAAAAUCAUUGGAUAUGAUUGAUGAUGAUGAUUGGAGAUAUCAAUUGGCUGGUGGAAGUGGUAGUGGUAUUCCUACCCAUGCCAAUUCACCAAUUACUAUUCCAAAACUGAAUAGUAAAUUGGCUAAUCAAAUUAAGAGAUUUUCCACAAGACCAGGUGUAUCCCCAAUUAUAACUAAAGAAGAUCCAGAACCAGAACAAAAAAUCAAACCAUUUUCACAAGUCCAAGAUAAUUUGGCACUAGAUUAUGAGAAGGAAGACCCAGCCCAGUAUGUUAUCAAUUUAGUGGAAGCUCUCGAUGUGUUGGGAACACUUUCUGAAUUGCAAUCCAAAUUGGUACAAAAUUUGAGAUUCGAAUUGAGACACUUGAUAGAGUCUCACAUUAACGAGUUUGCAAAUUCAUUGAAGGGAUCUGACAGAGACUUGUUGUGGCUAAUUAUUCAAAAUAAGAAUUUAGCAAGUAAUGAACAAGUUGGGCUCUUUUCCAGUAACUUUGACGAUCCACUCGAACAACAUAAAACCAACACUGGAAAGGCAAUUUUGCAAGGAAGAUUAAUUUCGGAAAUGAUGGAAGGACUUUUUAUCAAACUGAAAAAGGUGAUGAAGAAUUAUCAAUUCUUAAUCAAAUUACUCGAGCAAAAGUUAGCUCAGAGAGACAGCUCCAUUAUAGGCGAUAAGGAAUUGGGAUCUAUGAGUAUUAUUCUUUCCAAGCAGGUUAUUACAAGAGUAAGAGAAUCCAUCUCUAAGAAAUUAGAAGAUUUGAGAUUGAAUUUUAGAACUGCUGGAGACUUUGAGGACUUGUUGCAGGAGUGCAUGGAAGAAUUAAUGUACAACUUUAUUGAUAAGAACUACGACGAGUCAGCAAGACAACGUGUAAAGGAUCUAAUCUUGAUAUUUGAAGUUCAAGUUGACUUGAAGACAAGAGAUGCAGGAAAGAAGGAGAAACAAAAUGCAGAAAAGGUUAAAUCUAGCUUCAAGACACUUGUCAUUAAUACACUUUCCUCUCCAGAUACACCAAGUCUCCUCUCCAUUGAACACAUUUGGAAAACUGUGGAAGAUGAAAUGGGAUCCGUACUCAAGGAACUCUUAGGUUUGAGAAAUAGUGAUUUGGACAAUUCAAGCAAGAGAAAAUCCACCACAAACCUCAGUGAAUUUGCUGAUAAUGGUAAAAAGAAGAAGAAAAUCUCUGAUUUUAACUUUGAAAUCAAAUUCAAAUUCUCCACCAAUGUAGAUUUUCCACUCAUGGCCAUGAAUGAAUCUGAAGAUCAAGGUUCAAUGAAAAUUUUGUGUGAAUCGUUGAACAGCUACUUUAUCUUCUCACCUUACAAUAUCAUUUGGAUGUACAAGGUUGUUACUGGAUUCGUCGAUCAGAUCUAUUCCAAUUUCAAAAUUGUCAAUGACAGAGACGAAGAUGAUGAAGAUGAAAGAACCUAUUCUGGAAACAGCAAUGAAUCAAUCCUCCAAAUGUUCAUGGAUAAUUUCAUCAUUGGUGCAUUCAUGCCACUCAUCGAAGAGGACUAUAGAAACAAAUUGUCCAAACUCUUAACUGACCAAGACAAGCACAAUACCAAUGCCUUCCUCCCUAGAGAAUCCCCAAACCAAACCUCCUCAACUUAUACCUACGUUUCCAAAACUGAAAAGAGACCACUAUUGAACAGUGCUCUCUUCUUAGCAUCUUGGCUUAGAGAAUUGUUCAAGAUUUCUCUUUCCCUUCCAGUGUACAAAAUGAGUAUUUUUAAUGUGAUUGAAAUUGUUUUGAAGAAUUAUUUGGCCUCUUGCAAGAGUCAAUUUGAUUCUGUCAUUAGAGGCAAAUUCAUUCAACAAUCUUUGACUGCAGAGUAUGAAAGUGUGUAUCCAGUGUUGAAAUCUGAUCCAAACUUUAAACUUCUCUAUACUAAAUCAAAGUCACAAAUUGAUUCGUCAACCUAUUCGAAACUCUCCGAGAAAUUCUACAAGAAAUUGUUUGUCAUCAUUGAUGAAAAACUUCAAAUCAAUUAUCCACACAAUCUUCCAAAGACCAAAUUCAUUGACAAUAACUCUCAAUUAAUUCUCUUGGCAAAUAUCAAUGAUAGUUUGGAAUGGUUAGCAGAUCUCAUCAAGAGCUACCAAAAGGAACUCAUUCAAACAGAACUUUUUGCAGUCAAGACUCAACAAAAGACAGAAGAAUACAGAGUAAAGAAAGAAGCUGCAUCAACACCUAAUACCACUAGUAUGCAUCAAGUGGCAAGCGAUCCAAAUAUCAGAAAACCUAUUAAGGUUCAUCACUUGAGAGUUUUGAGUACGGAUGCUGAGAGUGUAACCUCUGAUCAUUCAGAUGAGGAAACCAAUGCCAUUCAAAGAAUUAAGAAAUCUACCCUCUUCCUCUCCAAUUAUGAAAAGGAUUACAGAGAUUUGGCAAUAAGAUGUCUAUUCUCACUCAAGUUGGAUAUUCGUGUUCACUGUUAUCACUUUAUUCAUUGUAAUUUGAUGGACAAUUUACUCAAGUUUGGAACCUACGACUGUGAAGAUGAAAGAAAGGAACCUGAAGAUUUCAUCAAUUUAUUCAAUCAAGAUUUGUUCAGAAUUGAGAGAUAUCUUUCCUGCUAUUUACCAAAGAGCAAAUUGAGAUAUUUAUUCGAAUCUAUUGAAAAGAUGAUUCUUGAUCUUUUUAUUGGAAGUUUACCAUUUGCCAUUUCACAAUUCUAUGAAAUGAAACUUGACGAUAGCUCUUCAGCAAUGUUAGGAGGUGGCGAUCUUAUCAAAUCACCUUCAUUCUCCAAGCUUGGUUUAGAGAAAAUGAUGAGAAAUAUCUUUAGUUUGCAGCAACAGCUUUCCAGUUUCAGUUUUGUAGACGAAAGAAAAUUCGAAUCCAUUCGAGAAUACUUCUAUCUCCUCCAAAUGCAAUCCCACCAACUUUUAAGAAUGAUAGAAACCAAAUCACUCAAACAAUUACCAUUCACACAAGAUCAAUACGAAGCCAUUCUCCAAACCGAUUACGAUCACAUCAAGAGAGAUGUUAAGGAUGUAAACGUGUGUCGUCAAUUCUUUGAAAAGAAGAUUAAGAAACAGCAAGAAGCUCUCGCUGCCAAAUCAGUCAACUCUCCAACGACACCAACCAGAAGAUUAGUUUCCUCUUCAUUGCCAAAGAAAAAAUAA